AUGCUUGCAGUGCGCUUUCGAGCUCCGCGGCUGUUGAGUCGAGGCAUGGCCACAGUAGCAAAGCCUGCUUCAUCUCCUAGCCUUCACUGGCCGGCCGUGGUCCGCCCCAGUGUUGGUGAGAUCAAGAACGCCAGACUCGACGAGCGCAAUCUGGAAAAGGCGGUGCGACACAUGCAUCAAGAUGGCCUCGUAGUGAUUGAAGAUGUCGUGCCGCACGAAGACAUUGAUCAGCUCAACACCAAGAUGGUCCAGGAUGCUCGCGUGCUCCAAAACAUGGGAGACAAGGGGCCAUUCAACUACAAUCAGGGAAACUUACAGCAAGAUGCACCUCCCGUUGCAGAGUUUUUCUACCCAUCAAUAUUCACGAACCCUAUUGCCACCCAAAUCACUUCAGCCGUUCUUGGUCCUCGGCCAAAAUGGACAUUCUGCUCUGCCAACGCAGCCAUGCCUCCUCUCCCGGGGGCACCCCCCCAGCGCCAGCCGGUGCAUUCAGAUGCCGACUUUGCUCACCCGGCGCAUCCCUUUGCUCUCGUUGUCAACGUUCCACUCGUGACGAUGACUCCCGAAAAUGGAUCAACCGAGCUGUGGCUUGGAACACACAAGACGGAUAUUAGCUUUCAAGAAGGCGCACAUGGAGAGCGAGCAAGUGGCCGCAUCAUGGAGAAUCAUCUGCGUGAUCGAGAGGUAGUCCGUCCGCCCAUUCAGCCUAUUGUGAAGAAGGGCUCGAUUGUGUUGCGAGACCUUAGGCUAUGGCAUGCUGGUAUGCCCAACCCAUCUGAUCAAAUCCGGAUUAUGCUUGCCAUGAUCCAUUUUGCCCCAUGGUACAGGAACACCAUGAGACUGGAAUUUGGAGAUAAUCUGAAACCGGUUCUGGAGGAGCUUGACCAACAGGGUCAGCUGGGAUUGGAUAUUCCCGUAGACUGGGUUAGCCGUGAAAAGGCUUUGAAAGGUUACCUGAAUCGCGGUUUUGGGAACAGUUAUGACUUCAAUCAGACUCCUUGA